UUUAAAACGCAUUGUGCCGCAACGAUGGUCGCGGAGACUAAAACGAUGGCAAAUUCACUGAAUUUACGCAGAAUGAUCUGUGAAACGAACGUACUUUCACGGUCUGAUUGUUCGGCAAUAUUUUCUCAAGGGUCAACCCAGGUGAUAGUUUCCGCCAACGGACCGGCAGAAGUGAAGCUAAGAAAUGCCGAGUCGGACAAUUCCCAUCUUGAGGUGCAGUACCGGUCGAACGCAGGACUUGAGGAUAUUCAGAACCGUUUGGUCGAGAGCAUCAUCAAGCGGUCAUUCGUCCGGGUGGUGGCCACCUCCGCUUACUCCCAUACCGCCGUGUACGUUUACGUGCAGGAAAUGACUGACAAAGGCGGGUUACUAGCGUGCGCUAUCAAUGCCACAAGCUUGGCGCUGAUAACUAGCGGCAUCGAGCUAAAUUUUACAGUUGCUGCUGUGCACUGUAUAAUGUGUGACGAUGGAACGCUGAUCCUGGAUCCGGACGAUAAACAAAUAAAGCGAGCGCGCAGUUCGUUUACGUUCGUGUUCGAUAGCAUCGCCAAAAACACGGUUACCUCGUACGUGCAUGGAAGCUUUGCGUUCGAGGAGUACGAGAAGGUCGUCGCCGUGUGCCGAGAGGCAGUAGAGAAGAUAUUCGAUUUCUACAGAAAAGUAACACUGAAUAUUACAAAGGUUGUCACUGAUGAUAGUUAAUGUUUUGCAAGAUAUAAAACAAUAAUUUAAACCAUAUUUUGUAA